AUCUAUCUAGUUCACCCAAAUCUGUGCUAAACAAAUACACCAUAUAUUUUCCUUUGACAGAAUACUCCCAGAAGUUUAAGGCUUUAAUUUUCAAAGUUACAAAAAGUCCAGCCAGUUGGAACUUGGAGGCCUCAUCUCAUCUCAAUGUUUACCCAGAAGAAUCAUAACCAUGCUUUGGGGCAAGAACUCCAUGAAGAUCAUAAACAUGAUAUUCCAGCAUACAAAGAAGUUGUGGCAAAGAGCAAAGAUUUUCUCAUGAAAAAUUUUCCAGAUAUUUAUGAUGAGUCCUUACAUAUCCUUGAAAAGCUUGAGGAGAUGAAAAGGCAAAGAAAGGAAAGGAAAAGUCGGGUUGUGCAAAGAAGUUUGAGUCUCGGCUCACCCCGAAAGUUUAAGCUUCAAAGGUUUAGAGUAAAGACUCCAAAUGUAAUUCUCGUGACUCGACCCGAGGGUCAAGGUGGUCAAUUUAGCAACCAAACUAAUGGUUCCAAAGACAUUAUUAGUGGAUCUUAAUCAGUACGAGUAUUUUAUUUUAGAAAUUAGUAAGUUGCA